AUGCCAGAACAAGAAGAACUUAAUCGUGCAGCUGUGAUUUUAUCUUGGAACAAGAAAUUAAUGUCUACUAUAGGACUCUGGCCACAUUCGCGAAAUAAUCUUCAAUUUUCUCUUAAUUUUGGAUACUUCAGCUUUCUCAUGAUUUUGGAAUACCUAGAUCUUUUUAUAUUUAUUAAUGAUCUGGAACACGUUAUUAUGAAUUUAACGGAGAAUAUGGCAUUCUCGCAGAUAUUUGUUAGAAUGAGCAUGUUAUGGAAAUACAACGAUGAGAUAGGUGAUCUCAUUGUUGAAGUAUUUAAAGAUUUUGUUAAAGAAAGAUACAAAUCGAAAGAGGAAAGGGAACUAUUUAUUUCGUACAACGCAAAAUCUAAGCUUUUCAUGAAGCUUCUUAUUACGUUCGUCGCUCUUACUGCGUCUUCGUAUUACUUGACUCCAUUACUAGUGGCUUUGGGCAAUGGACUUCCAAUUAUAGAGACAGGAAAUAUAAGCAAAACCAUUUAUUUGCUGCCGUAUCGGUUUUAUACAUUCUACCCAUUUGAAAAUCUACAGAGUUAUAUCAUCAUCUACGCUCUCGAACUACCGUUCGUCUUUAUUAGUGGUUUUGGACAAAGUGCUGCAGAUUGCAUUAUGGUCACUCUUGUUUUUCACAUUUGUGGUCAAAUGUCAGUUCUUGCAUUACAAAUAAAUAAUAUAGAUAUUGAUCCUACAAAAAAUAGGGAAAAAAUCCAAGCAGUUGUUGAAUCACAUACACGAUUAUUGCGAAUGGGCAAGACCGUGGCAAAUGCAUUCAGCGUGACACUACUGGCUCACCUUUUCGGAGCUACUUCUCUCAUUUGUAUUCUUGGUUAUCAGAUUUUAACGGUAUGA